ACGCUCUGGAUCCAAACACUGGCAUUCUCAUUACAUCGACUGUCCCAAAGCUUGAGCUGCUCUAAAGGUCAACGUUUUCUUCCGGCCGUCAAUUACCAAACACUUACUUAAUUAAACGCACAUAGCGUUUGAACUGUGACACUUGUGACAAACACAACUCAGCAGGGAAGGGGUAUGAUAAUUUUGGUGCAUAUAGAUCAUUUAAUUAUUUUUGAUCAGAAUUCAGUGAUUGUAGAAAGCUCUAUUAUAGACAUGGAAUAUAUUAUGUUACAAUGACUCAAACAUUACCGGAAUUCCAAGGAUCCCUUGAAAAUAUACACACUUAAAUGCAGGUAGAUSUUUUUCAGCUCUGUAUCCCCACCCUAGUUAAUUAUCUUUGWUAUUUGUACACUGUUUUGAUUUASCUUGAUUUGUAGGGUAACUCACUUUGUAUUCUCGUUUGUCCGGCGCGUUUAUCAGCGAGAGUUAGAGAGGUUUUGGUCGUGWAAACUACUUACUUCUGGUGAGCUCAAAUUGGCCUCCUUUAGAAUUUUGAGUGCAUCAUUCAACGUUGGUAUAUUAUACGAGCUCCAUAAGAGGAGCUUCAURUUGAGAUCAAUUUACAGUGGACCGAAACGAAGAUGAAAGCAAUAUAUCCAGUKCUAAUUUUGGUACUUGCACCGAAAAUUAUCACAUCGUCCAAMACAGUUAAACACUGCACUGCUCAUAGAGCUCGAGCCUGCCGCCAACACUUUAUUUAUGGAAGUCUGAACAUCCAUUGCAACGUAACCAAAAACUGUGACCAAAAAUGCGUACGUGCAGGUUGUAAAAUGAGUUGUAUUUCACCGGCAUCAUGCAAGCAAAAAUGCAUAACCAGUGGAUGCAAGAGCAUGAUAUGCAGUGCUAACAAGUGCACGCAGAUCUGCUCUAGCAGUCGAUGCACUAUGAAUUGCAAUGGAGAUAAAUGCAAGCAGACAUGCGUAGGAGGCUCGUGUAAUAUGACAUGCCCAGCAACUGCUAAAAGAUGCAUUCAAACUUGCAAUGGAGGUGGCUGCUUUAUGCAGUGUCCAAGAAGUGUUUCMUAUUGUGAGCAYUCUUGCAAUAAAGGAACAUGCCUUAUGCUCUGUUCAGGAAGGAAUUGCAWGAGGACAUGCUCCACUGAAGCAGAUUGUAGAUACCUCGACGAUGCUGCUUUGYUACCAAGCAAAMCCAUUAGUUACAAAAAAAUCSGCAAAUGCAGCAGUGUUAGCUUCAAUAUAUGCUACCAAAAGUGUCCAGCAAACAGAUGCGAUUUGGUGUUCACUGGUAGGCGUGMUUCAAGCCUCGGUAGCAGUCAAUCUUGCAUCGGAGGAAAUUGCCUGUUUCACUGCAGUAGUAAGAGAGGUAGAUGUUGGCAAAGCUGCACUGGUGGACGUUGCAUMGAGAUGACAUGCAAUUCCAGYAUGUGRAUUCAGACAUGCGGUGGSGGRGGCUGRAACAUGAAAUGCAAUUCUUUGAAGUGCAAUCAAGUUUGUAUAGGAGGUGGAUGCAAGAUGGAAUGCGGAAGCAAAGUGAGAAAGUGUUAUCAAUCUUGCCAAGGUGGUAAGUGCUCACUAAGGUGCAAUGCUAAGAGAUGCUUCAAACUGUGCUCAAGUGGUACGUGUAGAUAUCUUCCACCGUCAACUCAAUCUUCCAAGCCAAAAGAAUGCAAAAGUUUAAAGCACAAAACCUGUGGACAGGAAUGUUCAAAGAAAAGAUGUUCCUUGAGCUGUAAAAACACCAGGACUUAUGGCUCCUGUGACCAAGCGUGCCUUCAUGGAAAAUGCCGCUUAAAGUGCAAUGCUCGCGACUCCUGCAAACAGACAUGCCGGUCAGGAAAAUGCCUUGRCAUGACAUGUAAAUCAAYAAAGUGUAAUCAAKAAUGUCCAGGAAACCGAUGCAGCAUGGCUUGRACUUCUGAUAAUUGCCAACAACAGUGCAAAGGUCGGGGCUGUAACAUGAACUGUGCUUAUGGAACGAAAAAUUGCCAUCAGGUCUGUGACGGAGGUGGRUGUUUAAUCAACUGCUACGGAGAGAAGUGUACGUAUUCAUGUAAAGGAGGAUCUUGUGUGACUAGAGUAYUCSAAGCAGCUGAAAACAAGAACUCUUCCGAGAAGGUUUACUUCUUAUCUCUUCUAGGGAAAUGACCCUCUGAAUGAAUUCAUCUGUAACACUWAUCUCCAGACCUCUUGGGAGUCAGUAGAAUUCUUUGCUGUAUCUAAAUUGAUUAAGUCAAUAAUUCCAAGAAACGCACAUUUGACGCGACUUUAGACAACAAUGAAGUCUUUUACAUGAAAAUUUUGAAUUUUCCAAAGAAUAAAAUACAGUACAUUAGGAUUUUGAAGCAAGAUAUUCAAUACACCUUUUCAGUUGCUCUUAGGCCUCGACAACAUGGAAAAUAUUCUUUUGAAUUUGUAGGAAUGUGAGCAAUGCACACUGAAAAGGUGUAUAUCCUGAAGAUAAGUUUUAUUUUUAUUUUUUGUAUUAAAAUACAUCAAAUAGAGUUUUCUUUUAACUGGACAGUUUUUUGAGGAACAAAUUCCAUAUAGGGAUGUAUAUAUAUACAGAGCUCAAAUGUGCAUCGAGUUAUAAUAACCAUAAUACCUUAUAAUACCUUUAUUUCCCUUCUAAUUAUUGUUACAAUACUCCAUUUUCGAAUUCAUAUCGAAAGACCGCUGCUUUAUUUGACAACAGAUUCUCUUGCGCAAAGACCUGACCGAACACAAAAGAAAGCACGAGAAAAUGUCGUUAUUGCAAUAGCCUUGAAAAUUUGCAUUUUCCCCGAGUUGAGAUUAACUCUGUGUUCACAUAGGAAUAAGGCACGGACCUUCUGGGAAUACCGGGUUAGCCUCAACUCGGGGAAAAUGUAAUUUGUUAGCGCAAUUGUACUAACAACAUUUUCUCGUGCUUUCUUCUGUGUUUAGUAAGUUCUUUGCGUAAGAGAAUCUUGUGUCAAAUAAAACAGCGGUUAUUCGCGUUGAAUUCGAAAAUGGAGUAUUGUUUGUUAYAUGUUGUAGAAGAACUCAUUAUAGUGUAUACAGUUUUAUGUACAAACGCGUGGUUAUUCAUAAAUAUCGUCUAUAAUUACCAAAAAGGUAAUUUCAGGUUUAUGCUAGAGGAAGAUCUUGGCUUCAUGCAUGGUUACGAGUUUAGGGAAAUGUAGGGUUAGACAAUGUAUAGCGCUGGGRUCGAAUCUUCAUGCAUGCCGUACGUUAAAGUUUAUUCUCUGUUUUAUUAAUUUCCAAGUUCUUCUGUACAUGAUGUACAUGAGAGCGUUACAUGUGUGCAUCAAAGCGGUGUAUAUUUGCAGCCAUAUAUGGAAGUCGAACAAAUAACAUUUUUCGCGGGA